AUGGUUUACCACACAAUAUUUGCCAAAAGCUUCAGUCGUUAUGAGCAGAAAAGGUUGGGAUAUGGAGCAUUUGCGGGCUGCUUGCUUCUGGUUUUGAGUCUUUGCACAGUGUUCAAAUCUUACUUGGGUCCUAUACAUGAUUUGAACUUGAAGCUCUCAGUUGGUGUUGACACCAAAAUGCUGAUGGUCAAUGACUGGAACAGCUCUCCAGAAAUAGCCAAAGUUGAAGACAUUGUAGCUGAAACCUUUAACACUCUGAAUAUAUUUCAUUUGUCAGCUGAAAGUGUAGUACCAAAGAUUCCUGUUAAUGACACCAGGAGCUCUCUACAAAUAUCUAAAGUUGAAGAUAAUGUAACCAAGAUUCUCAUCCAAGACACCAGUAGCUCUCCCCCAAAAGCUGAAGUUGAAGGAAUAGAAACAAAGAAAAUUGAGCCAUUAUGCACUUCAGAAGAAAGAACAGAAUUUUGCCAAACCCAGGGAGAUAUCCGAGUCCAUGGAAAGUCCUCUUCUGUUAACAUUGUGUCCCCUAAAACAUCCAUCUUGGAAGAAAACGUCUCAUGGAGUAUAAGGCCUUAUGCGCGGAAGGGGGAUACAUUUGCAAUGAGUACUGUAAGAGAAUGGUUAGUAAAGCCAGUAAAAGUCAACCAGGAAGUACCCGAGUGCACCCAAAAUCACAGCAUUCCAGCUGUAAUAUUUUCUACUGGAGGGUAUACUGGCAACCACUUCCAUGAAUUCACUGACAUUGUCAUUCCACUGUUCUUGACUUCUAGACAAUUCAAUGGAGAAGUACAAUUUAUCAUAACUGAUAAGCGACCUUGGUGGAUUUCAAAGCACCAAGCAUUUCUCAAUAAGCUGUCCAACUAUGAGAUUAUGGACAUUGAUAAAGAUGAUGAAGUUCACUGCUUCCCAAGGGUGAAUGUGGGUCUCAAACGGUAUCAUAAAGAGCUAAGCAUUGACCCUCAAAAGUAUUCCUAUUCUAUGAAAGACUUCAGGGAUUUUUUGAGAAGUUCCUACUCAUUGAAGAGAGUUAAAGCAAUCAAAAUGAGAGAUGGUCGACGUAAGAAGCCCAGGCUCCUACUUGUUUCAAGAAAAAGAUCAAGAUCAUUCACUAAUACAGAUCAAAUAGCAAAAAUGGCUAAAGGCUUGGGUUUCAAUGUCAUUGUUAUGGAAGCAGGGGGGAGCAUGUCCAAGUUUGCAGAUGUGGUGAAUUCUUGUGAUGUGCUAUUGGGUGUUCAUGGUGCUGGUCUCACUAACAUACUUUUCCUUCCGGAAAAUGCAAUCUUCAUCCAAGUUGUGCCUUAUGGUGGGGUGGAAUGGCUUGCCACAUAUGACUUUGGGAUACCCUCAAAGGAUAUGAACAUAAAGUACUUGGAAUACAAAAUACAAUUGGAAGAAAGCACUCUUAUACAACAAUACCCACUAGACCAUAUGAUUAUAAAGGAUCCUCCAUCAAUUGGAAAAAUAGGAUGGGAAGCAUUUAGGUCUGUAUAUUUGGACAAACAAAACGUAAAGCUUGAUGUUAAUAGGUUUAAGCCUACAUUGCAGAAAGCCAUUGAGCUAUUGCAUCGGUAA